CUUUCGUUAACCCCUCCUUCGCUCAGAGUAGCUAAUUACCGGUGAUCUCGAGUCGCCCGGUCGUGAUCCCGCCAGAUCACCCUGGUAUUGUACAACACCCAGAUCUUGUGACGACACGCUUCAGUCCCAUCCUCGCCUGACCAUCCCUCCUUCGAUCCGAGAUAAACACACCACCACCCCCACUCAUUCGCGAUCACCCUCCGGUCUUGGGGAAGCCGCGUACAAGUACCAGCACCCCUUGACGAGACGGUUAUACGUUCCCGACAACGGCCCUCACCGGCCUCGCCCGCGCCCGCCUUCGCCCACCAUGUCUGGCUUCGGGGAAUUCACCAACAUCUGCCGCAUGGCACCAUUGCCGCUAUGUUCCUCGAUAGGCCCUAUAACAUCGAUCGCCAGCGGCGUGGGCAUCGAGCCCGACUGUUUCGCGCGCAACAUUGAGCUGGCCAACACCAUCAUCUUCCAGGGCGCCGCGAGUGCUAUGCACAUCAUUGCACUGGUCAUGACGGUGACCAUGGUGUUGCAUGUGCGGGGGAAGUUUACGGCGGUUGGUCGCAAGGAAAUCACCACCUUCUUCUACAUCUACAUGCUCCUCACCUUCCUCUCGCUCUGCAUCGACGCCGGCGUGAUACCGCCGGGCUCGACGCCGUAUCCGUAUUUCGUCGCCGUGCAGGCCGGUCUUUCAUCCGCGCUCAUCACAUCCCUCCUGAUCAACGGCUUCGUGGGCUUCCAGUUAUAUGAAGACGGGACCCCGUUGUCGUUGUGGAUGCUGCGCGGUGGCUCGUUCGCCGCCUUUGCCAUCUCUUUCCUCGUCGCCCUGGCCACGUUCAUGUCCUGGGCCGGGUUAGGCCCGACCCGCACCGUGGGGCUGUUCGUGGUGCUGUACCUGCUCAACGCCGUCCAACUAUUUGUGUACGUGGUACUCCAAAUCCUGCUCGUGACGCGCACGCUGCAGGACCGGUGGCCGCUGGGCGACAUUGCGUUUGGUGUCUUCUUUUUUGUCUUGGGCCAGGUGAUACUGUACGCCUUCAGCACGCCCCUCUGCAACGCUAUUAGUCAUUACCUCGACGGCCUGUUCUUCGCGACGACGUGCAACCUGCUGGCCGUCAUGAUGGUGUACAAGUACUGGGACUCGAUCACUAAGGAGGAUCUGGAGUUCUCGGUUGGUACUCGGAUGAAUAACUGGGAGGUCAAGGAGUUGCUGCCGGAGGAGGACCGCCGCGCUACGGUGUACCAUGAUGACCCGUACGCCCAGUCGAGCGCCUACGACAACUCGUUCUCGCCGAGCCCGAAUCGGCAUUCGCGGUACUAGGCUCCGCGUGUUGCGCACUGUUGGUUGGUUGGUUGUUGAGCAGGUUGCUUGGUUGGUUAUUUGCGGUGGCGGAAAACGAGGAAAAAGAAGGCGGACCAGUUGUCCAGCGUCAGGUUUCUUUAUUGUUAUCCCAAGGAAUGGAGUGCGACAAUUUCUCGGCGUCAGCGUGUUACACAGCUGGUAUUUCGGGCUUUCUGGCGUUGGCUUGGCUUGGCUUGUUGGCAGGACAGGGGCGGGUUUCUUAGCGGGGACAGAACUCGAACCUCUCGACAUGACAUGACGCUGUUCAUACAGUUUAUUCGUGUAUCUUAUUUCUCAUUGCAUGGACCGUAUAGUCUACCUUAGUUCUUAACCUAAUCAACGUAUAUUGACGCGAUGAGAUUGGGCGUGUAGACGUAAUGGAAUGCUCCUGGCAGCGAUCUGAUGGGAGAUCGUCCCCCAGGCAUUUUGCGUUGUUGGU